UUAACUUUACAAGCAUCUCGGAGAGUGGAAGGGGGGAAGAGAGAAAGACGAGAGGGACCUUUUUUUUUUUUUUUCCGGGGGUCGUACGGUGAAAUAAAGCUGCUCCACAGCCACCGCAGGUCUGUCAAGCUUCUUUUGAAAAGUCAAUCGGAUGUCUGUCAGGUUUUUUCCCCCGUUCACCGUGUUGAUGAAGUUGUGCGUGGAAAACGAAUGAUCUUUGAAGCAAGAGUUCCGAGAGAGGGGAGGAGGUAGCUGUUGGAUAUCUGAUAAGGUUUCUGCCCUGCGUUUCUUAUGUUUUUCUUUUGUUAAUACGUUUUACGCACAGAUUACACGGACAGAAAAGUUUGGGUCUACGUCGCGAACUCGAUCGGGUUUCCCCAAAGUGCUUUAUGUCGGGAAUGUGUUGUUGAGCAGUUGACGAGAGAGAAGUAAUCUUGGUGCGAGAAUGGCGCUGCAGGCCAGGGUGUUGUACGACUUCCACUCGGAGAACCCAGGGGAGAUCUCCAUUAGUGAGAACGAGCUGGUGAGCCUGUUCAGCGAGGAGGAGCUAGAGGGCUGGUUGGAGGGGAAGAACAGCAGAGGGGACGUUGGCCUCAUCCCAGCCUCCUACGUGGAGAUCAUCAGGGACCACAAAACCUCCAAGAACAACAACGGUUUGUCCUCUUCCAAAGUUGGGACCCCCACCCACGCCACCUAUUCUCAGCGAGGACCCGAGGCGGGGAGUGUUGGCAGCGGCGGGGGCAGCUUCCACACCAGCCAGGGCAGCGAUGACGACUGGGACGACGACUGGGAUGACAGUUCCCCGGCCACCGAGGCCCCACGGGGUCUGGGCACCUCGCCCUCUUCCUUGUACCCGGUGACCACCUCCCUGCCGGCCAGGCGCAGUAGCUCCCUGCAACCUCAGGCCAAGAGCUCGGCCACAGUGGGGAGGAACCUGAACAGGUUCUCCACUUUCGUCAAAUCUGGAGGAGAGGCCUUCCUCCUUGGGGAGGCGGCUGCUUUUGUCAAAGACGGGGACAGGAUCUGCGUGGUGACGGGCAAGCAUGGACCAGAAUGGCAGGACGACCCGUACCCCUUCACGUGCACCAUUGACGACCCAACCAAGCAGACUAAGUUCAAAGGCAUGAAGAGCUACAUGUCCUAUGGCCUGACCCCCACUCACACCAACGUUCAAGUCAACCGCAGGUACAAACACUUCGACUGGCUGUACGCUCGGCUGGUGGAGCGUUUCCCGGUAAUCUCGGUUCCACAUCUGCCGGAGAAGCAGGCCACUGGCCGCUUUGAGGAGGACUUCAUCUCCAAGCGAAGGAAAGGCCUUAUUUGGUGGAUGAACCAUAUGACCAGCCACCCUGUGCUGGCCCGCUGUGACGUCUUCCAACAUUUCCUCACGUGUGGGGCGGACGAGAAGGCCUGGAAACAGGGCAAGAGGAAGGCAGAGAGGGAUGAGCUGGUUGGGGCUAAUUUCUUUCUCACAAUCAGCACACCCACCGUCCCGCUGGACCUUCAGGAAGUGGAGAGCAAGAUCGAAGGCUUUAAGUCCUUCACGAAAAGGAUGGACGAGAACAUUGUUGUCGUAAACACCACCAUCAAUGACUUUGCACGCAAGCAGAUGUCAGGAUUCAAGAAGGAGUACCACAAAGUCGGACAGUCCUUCAAACUUCUCUCGCAGGCGUUCGAGCUGGACCAGCAGGCCUACUCAGGAGGUCUGAACAAGGCCAUCUCUUAUACUGGUGAUGCCUAUGAGGCCAUAGGAGAUUAUUUUGCAGAUCAGCCACGCCAGGACCUGGAUCCCAUUUCUGAUCUGCUGGAUCUCUACAGAGGACACCUGGCCAACUUUCCUGACAUCAUCCAUGUGCAGAAAGGUGCGCUGACCAAGGUUAAGGACUGUCCCGCGGAGGAGGGAGAACUCCACGACCGCUGCAACAUUAUCUCGUGUGCCACGCUGGCCGAGAUCCAGCACUUUCACCGCACACGUGUACGAGACUUCCGAGCACAGAUGCAGCAACAUCUCCGAGAGCAGAUUGGCUUCUUCCAGAAAAUCACAGCCAAGCUGGAGGAUGCGCUCCAGAGGUAUGACAGUGAGCAGUAGGAUAAAAACAAAAUUCUGGGUGGGCUAAAAAAAAAAGAGGCUGAAUUUAGAUUAGACUGAAGAGCUGAUGAAUGACUGAUAAAGCUUCCGUAAUGGAGCAUAUAUCAUCACCAUAAUGUUCAACUGGAUGCUUUAAGCAGUUAAAGACUCAAUAGGGGGUGUUACCGUCACCAGGUGAAAAAGCACAAAGGGCACAGUAUUGGAUUACGCUACCAAAUGGCACAUGGAUAAAAGUGCAGAUAGAUACGUAUUUUCUGUUUCCACAAACUGAUAAGUUUUAAAAAAAAACUUUUGUUAGGAGAAUUCCAUUUUUGUUUUUGACAUUUGAGUCAUUAUGGAACUGCUCCCCCUGCCUGAAGAUAAGAUGCUUCUCUUAAACCAGGGGUCGGCAGCCCAUGGCUCCGGAGCCAUGUGGCUCUUUCAUCCUUCUGCUGUGGCUCUCUGGUGACUUUGAAAUGAAAUACUGUGACACUGCUAAGUUGUACAAGAAAACAGAAGUCCCAGAAGUAGAAUCGCCAGGUAAUGCUUAGCUCAACAUUAUGUAGCUUACUGCGGAAAUGACCGGAUGUCAUUCUUUUGCAACAUUAAUGUAACCCGACAGUUAAAUAACACACACAUUCAACGAACUACUGGUUACAUAAACAUACAUGGAUGUAAAGGAUUAACAUCCUUAGUACAGCAAAAGUUUAGCAUUGCAUGGCGCAAUGCAUGCAGAGAACCACAUGACUUUACCUUCGCAACAAUACUCAUUAUUUAUUUUCCAACUUGUUUUUAUUUUACUUUGUUCGUUUUCCAGUUGUAACUCUAAAUUUGAAGAUUAUGGAGAUCUUGUAACAUUAAAAUAUAUAAUUUUUACUUGUUUCUUGUUGCUCAAAUGCGUCACAUCUGCCGAUGUGUAACACAUGGCGCCAAGAUUUAUUGAGCUAUAUUUGAUAAAUCCAAGAAAAUAAGAGUUUAUGAAGAAAACAGAACAUUUAAUGCUACAUGCUACAUGAACUAUAUUAAAAACAAACCUCUCACAUAGCGUCACAGAUGACAGAUGACAGCUUACAGCGGUCUGUCAAGAUGAAUGUAACGUCUUCCUGCCCUGAGGUUCAGGAGCAAAAAUCACAUUAACCUGGUAAAGUAAAAAUUUUAAUUGGCUAUUAUCUAACAACUAUGUAGUUUACAUUGUUAAGUGAAAUAGUCCUUUUUAAUUCAAUUUGACAGUUGACUGCAUGCUCCAAAUUAGAUAAAAUGAUGACGGAACACAAAAACAGACGGCAGUUUUGGUUCGCUGCAGGUGGAUAAUUUAAGUUUGGCAGCACACUAUAUAAAAAUGUAUAUGCAGUGUUAUCCCCACUUUAGAUGUCAAAAGGGUCUUGUGGCUCCUGGUGGUUUUCUUCUGUGGGAAAAUGGAGUAUUUAAGGUUGCCGACCCCUGUCUUAACCAGCCUUCUUGAAUCAAAUAUGGUAUGGUGGAAAUCAUCUACAGUCACUAGUGGUGUAGUAGUUUCCCUCGCCUGACUUCUGUGCGAGAAGUGUGGGUUCAAAUCCCACUCAGUAACUGUGUGCAUAUGAGAGUGAAAGGUUGUCUAGCUAUUACUCCAGAGUGACAGAGCCCUGGGAUGUAUGUCAGCUCCCCGUGGCCCUGGACUGGAUAAGCGGUGUAAAAAAAUGGAUGGAUGGAUGGAUGGAUAUGAUCUAAAGUGACUGCCAUUAUACAAAUUACCUUUGCAUAUCAUUGCCAUCAAAUGAAAAAUAUAUUUUUUAAUACAACUAUAAGGGUUUUUCCUGAAGGAAAAAAUAAAGACAAUUUGGAGAUCCGUGCUUUUUAUUGGCCAGUUAUGUCAUUUUACUUUCAUUGACUGAGCAGAGCAUGCUUAGACUGACUUCUUGUUUUAGAAAGCACAUCUACAAUGUGGUGUUAAGAUCAUAUGAUAUCGUUUUGCUUUUACUCACACCAGUAAGGUCAGGGUAGGAAUAGUUUAAACAAAGAAUGUUUGAAACUAUGUCUGCCACUUUGUUUUAUCAUUCCACUGGAAUUUUCCGGUUAAACAUUCAAUAUGUUACUCUAAAUAACUGGUAUCAUUGUUGUUGCUUCUUACAUUUUUUUUUGUUGGAUACUGUAUUGUCAUUUCAGGCUUGUUUUUACAUUCCUGGGAAUUAACUCAGUGAUGUUUGUUAAAGGGCAAUUGUAGUUGUUCAUAGGGUGCAUAUGUGUUCAAUGUAUUACAACAGGACAGUAUUUCCAUAAAUAAAUGGAUAUAGAACAUA